AAUUUUGACAUUUAUCGCUAAACACCAAAAUGUGCCAAAAUUUGCAGUAAAAAAUAAUAAUGACGUAAAUUCGCAAUGGGGAUGUUUUUUCCGUGUUUGGCGGCAGCCUGCGCCAACGGGGCUGCCAUAAAAAUUUUCAGAGAACCGACGACAACGAGCAACGGGCCCCUUUUCUCCCUAUACAUUUUCAUUUUCACUUGCUUUCUGUUAAUGUGGAGUGUCAGGAUUUACCCAGGAAACCUGAGGAAAGUGGGAAAACUACAAUUUAUCGUGGAAUUUUUAAUAUCAGAUUUCCUUAUGCAAAAUCUUAUUAUCGACUUUUGGUUUCCACUAGAAACAUUGGUUAUGGAAGGUUUACCCAACCUUGGACAAACUAUUGAUGACUGGGUGGCAGUGGGAGAUUGGAACGCAGAAGUGAUAACGGACCUCCUCAAAAACGAAUCGGCCGGGUUUUACGCCAGUUACUUCAUGUCGACUUUUUUCCUGAUCAUAACUUUGCAUGCAUGUCGAAUUAUAGAUUUAAGGACCCUUACGCAAGAAGGUCCAAUGUGCUUUUUCAAAGAAAUUGGACGCAAAAUAAAAUUAACGAUCAGACGGCUCAUUCGCAAAUUUGUACCGGGAAAACGAAGAGUAAAAAUUAAUGAGCGCAGAAACACGUGUCGGGACUACUGCGCCUUCGGACCCCAGAAUCCACAUGUACCUGAUAGUAAGGAUUAUUGUUCCCAGCAGGAUCACGCUUCUCGAAGAAGGAGAAGAUCAUCAUGUAGUCCGGCUAAAAGGUAUUGUCCAGUCCAUAAUCCAAUGCCACCCAUCGAUUUUUCAGAUUGCAGUGAAACGAGCACUGAAGAUUUUAGAAAAUCAUCAUGUUAAUCGGUGCUCAGUGGAGAAAAUGUGAUUUGUGGCCCUGUCAAUUUAAAAUUAAUACACCAUUAAUGUAAA